AAUGCUCAGUCUACUGACAGGCGAGCCAGCAGACCGACACAAAUUCAGGACAUAUUCUCAUAGCACUAACAGACGGUAACACCACCAGUGGGUCUCCUGAAGCCCACUUUGACUCUCCUGGGUGUGAUUGCUUCUGACUGCACAUUCAUCCUUGUCUGUUGCUGGCAGUGAAACCCUGCAGAUGCACUCAACCGCAGGCCUGCUUCUCAACCCUGCAUCUGUCUCAGCACUCGCUCUCAAGCUGUGGGAAGACGACCCGCAUUUUUUAUUGACACAGCUACAGGUGGUUUGAGUUUUAGCCUCUGGUGGACUGGGAGGGUUUAUUUCCAGUGUGGUGAGUUGCAGUGUCUCUGGAACCAGUAUGUUGUCUACUCUUGUGGGAUGUUUGGUGUUCACCCUGCUGGGCUCAGGGCAGGCUCAAGUUGCUGCACAGGCUGAGGGGCAGAGCCAGGGCCAGAGUCAGGGCCAAGGCCAGGGGCAGGACAGCUCUGCCACUCCAUGGAGGCAGGUGAUUCAGUGGGAGAACAAUGGCCGGGUGUUUAGCCUUCUUAACAGUGGAGCUGAAUAUGUCCCUGCUCGAGCAGGGGCCCAGGACAGAGCUCCCAGGGUGGUUGUGGCAGAUUCUCAUCCGCGCUCGCCAGGCAGGCCUCAGGGAGGUAAUGUCCGCCGACAGGCUCCUUCAAGAGGAUCCUCUGAGACUGUCCGUGGCCAGGCAAGACAUCCUUUUGGCUUUGGGCAAGUACCUGAUAAUUGGAGAUUAACUGCAGGCAGCACAGGUGGGAGCCAGUUCCAGGGAUCAUCUGCCUCUCGCUUCAGGCCAUCCACCGGCUCUUCAUCCUCAUCAUCAUCCUCGUCUUUCUCUUCAUCCUCUUAUAAUUUACCAUCCUACCCACAAUACCAGUUUCCUCAACAGACUCCCUUCCAAGCAGUGCCUUAUGACCCUAGUUAUGUUGAGGCACCAGUCAGGAGCUAUGAGCCUCCCUUUCAGCCUGUUGGUGGUGGAGGAUAUCCCGUUGGAGGAUACGGUGGUGGCCAGGCAUAUCCUGGAGGAGGGUAUGCAGGUGGUGCAGCCCCGGUGCUCCCUGGCUCCCCAUCCGACUUUACUGAUGAUGGCUACCGUUACUUCCAGUCUUACAGCUACGGGCCUGUUCCUGCGGUUCCUGCUGUUCCUGCUGUUCCUGCGGUUCCUGCACGUGCCGCACAACCACCAUUCGCAGAUGGACUGGACCGCAGAUACACCCACAGUCUCUUCAAUGGGGACACUGGUCCUGCUGUCCCUGUCCCCAAUCCCAACCAGGCUACACCGAUGUUACAGGACAGGACUGGACCGGCAGUGCAACCACAAAUCAGGAGCCCUCAAUAUGAGCAGUUUCCUCCCUUUGGAAAUCCCCAACCUCCUUUUCUGCAGCCCAUUCCUGCAGGAAGAAAUUCUCCAAACUCUGCCGUUGAGAACCCCAAUAUGAGUGUUGGAAGUGUGUACCGGCAGGAACAGAUAGGUUUUCCUGACCUGGUUCCUGAUCCCAAUUAUGUCCAGGCCUCGACAUACAUCCAGAGAGCGCACAUGUAUUCUCUCCGCUGUGCUGCAGAGGAAAAAUGUCUGUCAAGCUCUGCCUAUGGCCCUGAGACCAGUGACUACGAUGUCAGGGUCUUGCUGCGAUUCCCACAGAGGGUGAAGAACAAGGGCACUGCCGACUUCAUGCCGAACAGGCCACGUCACACCUGGGAGUGGCAUAGCUGUCAUCAGCACUACCACAGUAUGGAUGAGUUCAGCCAUUAUGAUUUACUGGAGGCCAGCACUGGCCGUAAAGUGGCAGAGGGUCACAAGGCGAGCUUCUGUCUAGAGGACACCACCUGUGACUUUGGUCACCUGAAGCGCUACGCCUGCACCUCUCACACUCAGGGUCUGAGCCCCGGCUGCUAUGAUACAUACAAUGCUGAUAUCGACUGCCAGUGGAUCGAUAUCACAGACAUCAAACCUGGAAACUACAUACUAAAGCUCCAGGUAAAUCCCAAAUUCUUGGUAAAGGAAUCAGACUACACCAACAACGUGGUCAGGUGUAACAUUCACUAUACAGGACGGUUUGUUCGAACAACCAACUGCAAGAUAGCACAGUCUUGAACAGGCACUGGGAGGCUGCCACACAAGAGUGACCCUGAUUGCUAUUCCGUUGAAAUGUGAAUGGAAUCCAUUUGUUGUUAGUUCAUUGUUGAUGUUGUUUGUCUCUAUUCUUCUUUUGCUGUUUUGGUAUGCUGCACCUGUGCUGAACAAGUGCUCUCUGGCACUGAGAAGAAUGUCGGGGGGGAGAGGGUUAUUAGACACACAAUACAUAUUAUACAUCGAUAUCACAAUAAUGAACCAACAAUUCAGAUCCCUGCAAUCAACAAACUAUAUUGCAACCCUAUCAAUCAGGUUUGGACACACAUUUGGACAUAUUAUUGUCAAAGACAGCUAUACUGUAUCUGCGCACAUAAAUCUAUAUGCAAACCCCCCACACAGUGGCUCUCCUUGAAUUUUAAAUAAAGCAUAAAAUUGUGCCAGAGCUGAAAGGAGUGACUUUUAAUAGGUCAGGGCUCAGACAAAUUCCCCCCAAAACUAAAUUAGGAGACAAAGUCUUCUCAAGUGCAUUCAUCCAUGCAGUGUGGGGGCAGACAAAUAUACCCAGUGACUCAGAAGAGGUAUAAUGUGUUAGCUUUGUUUUUGUCUUCACUGCCUCAGUGGCUAGGAUACUGUGAUUCUCUGGGCACAUGCUGUUUAAUGUUAUGUUAUCAGCAAGAAGAGGACAGCAGGUCCUAUUUUCAUUUUUCAGCUACAUCAAAUCGUAAAGUCCGGAUAAAGACGGACUGUCAAUGCUGCGUGCUGCACCCUCUAGUCCCCAUUCGUCCUUUCUUAUUUCAGUAAAACAGGAACAGGAAGCUCCGCUGGCAGAAAAUGGUGCUUUCCAGAAAUCAAGACUGGCAGUAGGUUAACCCUGUGUUUACACUGUCCUGGAGUCUUUUCUUCAACUACCAACACUGGUCAGAUGGCACAUAUGUCAUCUACACCUUUUGAAGAAUGUAUAUACAAAUAUUCCACACGUGCAUGACUUUAACGGUGGAGAUUAUUUUUGUUGUAACUGUUUGUACUUUGUUUAUCCAUUCUGACCUGUUACUGUAAUUUGGGAAAUCUUAUAUAUUUUCUUUGAUUAUCUGAAUUAUACAAAGUGUGUGUGUGUUAUUGGAAGGAAAAAACACUACUGCUACAGACUUAUUAUUAAUGCAGAGUGCCAGAAAGUCGUCUACCUACCUCUCCAACCGAGUGAGCUGUUGAUUACUGUUAACUGUUUAGUUUCCUUUGGAGAACCCUGCCAUGGCUGUUUAUGACAGCACACAGGAAACCUUCAACUCUACUGCUUCUAUCAAUGUAUACGUGAUCUGGUACAGCAGACAAUGACUUUUUACCUACAUUACCACCAACCUAAAGUCAUAAUCCUUAAGAUUUCCGAUAUUGCUGCGGCACAUGUCACAGGUGACAAAUUCCGUUUAAUACUACAGAUCCCAAAGUGUGUUUCAUGCUGCACAUGGUAAAAGUAGUUCUCCACCCAAAAGAAGGACACAGUAACAGGAGGAGUUGUAGUUGUAGUCAGUUGCCUGAAUCUGUUGGUGAGGGGCAAGAUAAUGUGGGUGGAAAACAUCUGGUUUCCAUGUAUAGUUUGACCAAUUACAUUUAAUCUGCAUGCAUAUGCAGCUAGCUGUUUACACAGAUUACCUAAAACUCUGGACCUAAAACACCUACAGAAAGUAUCACUGUUUGUGUUGUGUGUGGAGAAAAGUUUGACUCAAACUUUGAACAGUGUGUGGAAAACUGAAACUGGAGUCCAUUGCCUUUACCCACGGAAGCUUAUUUGUCGACAAGAUUGUUGCUAAUCUGAAGCAUCAGCAUUCUGUUAUUGCAGCAGUGAUCCAGUGUAAAGGAAGCAAACAGUAAAGAGUGAGGAUGAUAUCAGUGAGAUACAUUUACCAACAGCAGCAGUAGAUUACUUACCUGUACUGCUGUCUAAUGCAUAUGGGGGCAGUUUUAAUGGAGUUUGAAAAUAGUGAAUCCUGCCACUUACAAUUAUAGCAAAAUGGGAUUUGACAUCAUUACAAUCUUAAGGAUUAUUACUUUCAGAAUGUGUAUGAGUGUGAUUACGGAAGCAACAUUUCCCAGCGAUAAUCUGGAUCAAACAAUGACCAACCACCAACAUUAUUAAAUGUGUUUUUUCAUUCUGCAA